AGGUGACUGCUAAUCUGCUACUAGAACUGAACUCGAAGAGGAGAGAAAGGGCAGCAGCCAUGGAUUUUGCUCUGAAAACUCAAUAUUCCUUCUUAGUGGCAACUUCUCCGAUUUCUCACAACUCCAAGUCUUCGCCAAAACUUCGGGGUUUUAUCGUCAAGUGCUCCUCUCCUCUUCCUUCUGUCGCGUCUCCUUCCGGAUUGGUAGAGAGACCAUGGAAGGUAGCAGAUGCUAGGCUUGUGCUCGAGGAUGGUUCAAUUUGGAAGGCAAAAUCCUUUGGUGCUUCUGGGACCCAAGUUGGAGAAGUGGUUUUCAAUACAUCAUUGACGGGAUACCAGGAGAUCAUUACUGAUCCUAGUUAUGCUGGUCAAUUUGUGUUGAUGACAAACCCUCACAUUGGGAACACUGGUGUCAAUUUUGAUGACGAAGAAUCUAGACAGUGCUUUUUGGCAGGAUUAGUAAUUAAAAGUUUGAGUUUAAGUACCUCGAAUUGGAGAUGCACAGAGACAUUAGGUGACUAUUUGGCUGCAAGGAACAUAAUGGGGAUAUAUGAUGUUGACACUCGUGCAAUUACUCGGAGAUUGAGGGAAGAUGGAAGCCUUAUUGGCGUGCUGAGCACAGAGCAGCAGAAAACAGAUGAGGAACUUCUAGAACUUUCUCGCACUUGGGACAUUGUUGGUGUGGAUUUAAUUAGUGGUGUUUCCUGCAAGGCUCCUUAUGAAUGGAUUGAUAGCACAAAAUCAGCGUGGGAGUUUAAUUCUAAUGGAAGAAGCCAAGAGAGUUUCAAUGUUGUUGCAUAUGAUUUUGGAAUCAAACAUAAUAUACUAAGGAGAUUGGCAUCCUAUGGCUGUAAAAUUAUUGUUGUUCCGUCAACAUGGCCAGCAUCUGAAACUUUGAAUAUGAAUCCGGAUGGGGUUCUUUUCAGCAAUGGUCCAGGAGACCCUUCUGCAGUUCCUUAUGCCGUUGAAACAGUAAAGGAAAUAAUCGGAAAGGUUCCUGUGUUUGGCAUUUGCAUGGGGCAUCAGCUACUUGGUCAAGCUUUGGGGGGUAAAACCUUUAAAAUGAAGUUUGGGCACCAUGGCGGGAACCAUCCUGUUCGCAACCUUCGCAAUGGCAGUGUUGAGAUUAGUGCCCAGAAUCACAACUAUGCUGUUGAUCCCGAGUCACUCCCUGAAGGUGUAGAGGUAACUCAUGUGAACUUGAACGAUGGAAGCUGUGCUGGUCUUGCCUUUCCUGGACAAAAGCUAAUGUCACUCCAAUACCAUCCCGAAGCAUCUCCCGGGCCUCAUGACUCGGAUCUUGUUUUUGCAGAAUUUAUACAACUCAUGAAGCGUAACAGAGGAUGAAGGGUGUGCAGCAGUUUGUGCACAAGAAACAUAUUUAUAUUAAACCUGCCAUUUGCAGCAACCUUGAAACUUUCAAGACCUGCCCAGAUAGGAAAAUGACUAUAGUGUAACAUUAGUUGGGAAUUCUCAAUAAUCCAUUGGUCAACUUUUUUUUUAA